UCUACAGUGGAGCCAGUACACGAGAGAGAAAGUGGCAAAAGGGUUUAUAUUAUUUCUCCAUUGAAAGGAAUUACAAUUUAUGCCAAACAAGAAGUCAAUUGGAGCGUUCGGUGGAAAGUCGAGAGCAGGACUGUGUUGGGGGAGAAGUCCGGAGGCGAGAUGUCCAUCUCAACCCAGCUGGGCUUACUGCUGUGGAAGAACUUCACAUACAGAAGAAGACAAACACUCCAGCUACUGGUUGAGAUCGUAUGGCCUCUGUUCAUCUUUUUCAUCUUGAUAGCCGUAAGGCUGAACUACCCUCCGUACGAGCAACAUGAAUGUCAUUUCCCCAACAAGGCCAUGCCCUCUGCGGGCACCUUGCCUUGGGUGCAGGGAAUCAUCUGCAAUGCCAACAACCCCUGUUUCCGCAACCCCACUCCUGGAGAGUCCCCGGGUGUGGUGGGCAACUUCAACCAGUCCAUAAUUUCUCGCCUGUUCUCCGAUGCCAAGAAAAUUCUGCUAUACAGUCAGAAUGACAAGAGCUUGGAGGGAUUCAAGGAACUAUUUCAAGCACUGAACACCAUGCAGAGCAAAACAGGAGGUUUCAAACUGAAGGACUUUCUCCGUGAUAAUGAGACCAUGUCCAUGUUUCUGGUACACAAUACCUCCCUCUCGGAACAUGCUGUCAAAGACAUCUUUGAAGCAGACAUUAACUUGGAAAAGGUGCUGACCAAAGGCUUCAGCGUGCACCUGAGAGACAUGUGCAAUAAGACCACUCUCGACGACUUUGUGACCAUUUCGAACAGGACUGUUUUGUUGCUCGCACAAGACACUAUCUGCAAGUCCUCCCGGACAUGGCUCAACCAGGCGGAGGCCCUCUUCCUGUCUAACCUGGACUUCCUGAAACCCAUACGGAAGGAUGUGAAGUCAGACCCCCAAUCUGUCCAACAGGUCUCAGAGGCCACAGACAAUCUGCUAGAAAGCCUGGGAGCACUCACAGUGGAGCUGGCCAGUAUGAAGAGCUGGACCGACAUGCGCAACGAGGUCCUCUACCUGAUGGAGAACGCCUCGGCCUCCCCCAGCCACAUGUACCAGGCCGUGUCACGCAUCGUCUGCGGACACCCCGAGGGGGGCGGCCUCAAAAUCAAGUCCCUCAACUGGUACGAGGACAGCAACUACAAGGCCCUGUUCGGCAACAAAAACGGCAGCGAGGAGGACGACCACAUCUCGGUUUAUGACAACUCCUCCACUCCUUACUGCAACAGUAUAAUGAUGAAGUUGGAGUCCAGCCCCAUUUCUCGUAUGAUAUGGAGGGCCCUGAAACCCCUUCUAAUGGGCAAGAUCCUGUACACACCCGACACCCCCGCAACACAGAGGAUCAUCAAAGAGGUCAACAGGACCUUCCAGGAGCUGGGUGUCUUCCGGGACUUGGGGGGCAUGUGGGACGAGAUGAGGGUCAAGAUCUGGAAUUUCAUGGAAAACAGUGAGGAGAUGGACCUGGUCCGGACUUUGCUGAAGAACAAUGCCAGCGCCAGCUUCUUUGACUCCCAGCUGACUGAGACGCAGUGGACAGUGGAGGACGUGUCCAGUUUCCUGUCCAAACACUCUGAGGACACGCGUCCCCAUGGAACGGCCUUCACUUGGAGGAAUGUCUUUAAUGAGACCGACCAGGCUGUGCAGACCAUCUCGCGCUUCAUGGAGUGCGUCAACUUAGAUAAGCUGGAGCCAGUGGCAAACGAAGAAAGGCUGGUAAACAAGUCCAUGGAACUGCUGGAUGAUAGGAAGUUCUGGGCUGGAAUUGUGUUCCCUGACAUCCAGUCGAACGGCUCCGAUCUGCCUCCAAAUGUCAACUACAAGAUCCGCAUGGACAUCGACAACGUGGAGCGAACCAACAAGAUCAAAGACGGGUACUGGGAUCCAGGUCCCAGGGCUGACCCCUUUGAAGACCUGCGCUACAUCUGGGGUGGGUUCUCCUACCUCCAAGACGUCAUUGAGCAUGGCAUCAUUCGAGCAGUCACGGGCACCAAGGAGAAGACUGGGGUCUACAUCCAGCAGAUGCCCUAUCCCUGCUAUGUGGAUGAUAUAUUCCUGCGUGUGAUGAGCCGUUCCAUGCCCCUCUUCAUGACCCUGGCCUGGAUGUACUCCGUCGCCAUCAUCAUCAAGGGAGUGGUGUAUGAGAAGGAGGCCCGCCUCAAGGAGACCAUGAGGAUUAUGGGCCUGGAUAAUGGCAUCCUGUGGUUCAGCUGGUUCAUCAGCAGCCUGAUCCCCCUGCUCGCUAGCGCCUCCCUUCUGGUGCUGAUCCUCAAGAUGGGCAAUCUCCUACCCUACAGCGACCCGGGUGUGGUGUUCCUGUUCCUGGGCUCUUUCGCCGUGGUGACCAUCAUGCAGUGCUUCCUGAUCACCACCUUCUUCUCCCGCGCCAACCUGGCAGCCGCCUGCGGUGGCAUCAUCUACUUCACCCUCUACCUGCCCUACGUGCUGUGCGUGGCCUGGGAGGAAUACGUGGGCUUCGGCAUAAAAGUCUUUGCUAGCCUGUUGUCUCCGGUGGCCUUCGGGUUUGGCUGUGAGUACUUCGCCCUGUUCGAGGAGCAGGGAGUGGGCAUUCAGUGGAGCAACCUGCUCUCCAGCCCCCUGGAGGAGGACAGUUUCAGCCUCACCACCACCCUGAUCCUCAUGUAUUUUGAUGCUUUCCUCUAUGGAGUCAUGACCUGGUACAUCGAAGCAGUCUUCCCAGGCCAAUAUGGGAUCCCCAGGCCCUGGUACUUCCCUGUUACUAAGUCCUACUGGUUUGGGGAAAGCGAGGACAAAAGAAAAGCCAUUCAACAGGGCAAGAAAGGAAAUGCAGAAGCUGUAUGCAUAGAGGAGGAGCCAGCCCACCUGCAGCCCGGAGUCUACAUCAAGAACCUUGUGAAGGUGUACAGCAAUGGGAAAUUGGCUGUAGAUGAGCUGACACUGGGCUUCUAUGAGGGUCAGAUCACUUCCUUCCUGGGCCACAAUGGAGCGGGCAAGACAACCACAAUGUCGAUCUUGACUGGACUCUUCCCCCCUACCUCUGGCACCGCUUACAUCAUGGGCAAAGACAUCCGCUCGGAGCUGAGCUCCAUUCGACAGAGCCUUGGCGUAUGCCCGCAACACAACGUUCUCUUCAGCAUGCUCACUGUGGAGGAGCACAUAUGGUUCUAUGCUCGUCUGAAGGGCCUCUCUGAGCAGGAGGUGAAGGCUGAGAUGGAGCAUAUCCUCACAGACAUGGGACUGCCACACAAACGCCAUUCCAGAACCAGCAGGCUGUCUGGAGGAAUGCAGAGGAAGCUGUCGGUGGCUUUGGCAUUCGUUGGAGGGUCAAAGGUCGUCAUUUUGGACGAGCCCACAGCUGGGGUGGACCCUUACGCCCGCAGAGGCAUCUGGGAUCUGCUGCUGAAGUAUCGCCAAGGCCGCACCAUCAUCCUCUCCACCCACCACAUGGAUGAGGCCGACAUCCUGGGGGAUCGCAUCGCCAUCAUCUCCCACGGGAAGCUGUGCUGCGCCGGCUCCUCGCUCUUCCUGAAGAACCAGCUGGGUACAGGCUACUACCUGACCCUGGUCAAGAAAGAUCUGGAACAAUCCCUCAGCUCCUGCAGAAACUCCAGCAGCACUGUCUCCUACAUCAAGAAGGAUGACACUGUCUCAGAGAGCAGCUCUGAUGGUGGACUUGGCAGUGAGCAUGAGAGUGACACCACCACAGUCGACGUCUCCCUCAUCUCCAAUGUGAUCAUCAAACACGUCCCUGCUGCACGGAUGGUGGAGGACCUGGGCCAUGAGAUCACCUAUGUGCUACCCUAUGAGUCGGCCAAGGAUGGCGCCUUCGUGGAGCUCUUCCAUGAGCUCGAUGACCGUCUCGCUGACUUGGGAAUCUCCAGCUAUGGCGUCUCUGACACCAGCCUUGAAGAGAUAUUCCUGAAAGUGGCCGAAGACAGUGGAGUUGACACCGAGAUCAUCUCAGACGGCACCAUCCCAGCACGCAGGAACCGCAGACAUGCUUUUGGAGACCACCAGAGCUGCCUCAAGCCCUUCACCGAGGAUGAUUUUGAUGCAAACAACUCAGAAGGAGACCCAGAGUCCAGGGAGUCAGACUGGCUCAGUGGCACGCAUGGGAAAGGCUCGUACCAGGUCAAAGGCUGGAGGCUGAAGAGGCAGCAAUUUGUGGCCUUGCUGUGGAAAAGGUUUCUGUAUGCCCGACGCUCCAGAAAAGGCUUUUUUGCCCAGAUCGUGCUGCCAGCCGUGUUCGUGUGCAUCGCCCUGGUCUUCAGUCUAAUCGUUCCUCCAUUUGGAAAGUACCCCAGCCUGGCCCUGCAUCCCUGGAUGUAUGAUGAGCAGUUCACCUUCAUCAGCAAUGAUGCCGCUGAAGAUGCCAGCACACAGAAAUUAUUGGGAGCCCUGAUGAACAACCCUGGGUUCGGAACACGUUGCAUGGAAGGUGACCCCAUACCCGAUGCUCCAUGCACAACGGGUGAUGAUGAGUGGACCAUCCCGGACGUUCCAGACAGUGUCCUGGAAAUCUUUGAAAAUGGGAACUGGUCCAUGGAGAACCCCUCUCCCAUGUGCGAGUGCAGCUGUGAUGGCCGGAAGAAGAUGCUGCCGGACUGUCCAGCUGGAGCCGGAGGCCUGCCACCCCCACAAAUGAAAAUCAGCGAGAAGGAUACACUGCAGAACCUAACUGGCAGAAAUAUCUCAGACUACCUGGUGAAAACCUAUGCUCAGAUCAUUGGAAAAAGUUUGAAGAACAAGAUUUCGGUUAAUGAAUUCAGGUAUGGUGGAUUCUCCUUGGGGGCACGCAGCAAUCAGGUUCUCCCACCAGCCAAUGAGGUCAUGGACGCCAUCACUCGAGUCAAAAGGAUCUUCAGCUUGGAAGAGGGAAUGGCAGCUGACCGCUUCUUAAAGAGCUUAUCCAACUUCAUCCAAGGACUGGACACAAAGAAUAACGUCAAGAUCUGGUUCAAUAACAAGGGCUGGCACAGCAUUGGUGCCUUCCUCAACGUGAUGAACAAUGGCAUCCUCCGUGCCAAUCUGCCCGAGGGCAUGGAUCCCAGCAAGUUUGGCAUCACUGCCCACAACCACCCACUCAACCUCACGAAGGAGCAGCUCUCUCAGGUUGCACUGAUGACCACCUCAGUGGAUGUGCUGGUGUCCAUCUGCGUGAUCUUCGCCAUGUCCUUCGUGCCGGCCAGCUUUGUGGUGUUCCUGAUCCAAGAGCGCGUGAACAAAGCCAAGCACAUGCAGUUCAUCAGCGGAGUGCAGCCCCUCCUCUACUGGCUGGCCAACUUCGUCUGGGAUAUGUGCAACUACAUCGUCCCUGCCACACUUGUCAUCAUCAUUUUCAUCUGCUUCCAACAAAAGGCCUACGUUUCCUCCACCAACCUGCCAGCACUAGCUCUAUUGCUGCUGCUGUAUGGGUGGUCCAUCACCCCGCUGAUGUACCCCGCCUCCUUCUUCUUCAAGAUCCCGAGCACAGCGUACGUAGCUCUCACCAGCGCCAACAUCCUCAUCGGCAUCAACGGCAGCAUCUCCACCUUUGUCAUGGAGCUCUUCGGUAACAACGAGAUUGGCGGUAUCAAUGACAUAUUGAAGAACGUGUUCCUCAUCUUCCCACACUUCUGUCUGGGCCGAGGCCUGAUCGACAUGGUGAAGAACCAGGCCAUGGCUGAUGCCCUUGAGAGAUUUGGUGAGAACCGCCUCCGCUCACCACUGGACUGGGAUAUGGUUGGCAAGAACCUCUUCGCCAUGGCAGUGGAGGGUGUGGUCUUCUUCUGCAUCACCGUCCUCCUCCAGUACAGAUUCUGUGUCAAAGCCAAGGCGCCAAGUGCCAAGCUAAAGCCGAUCGGUGAGGAGGAUGAGGACGUGGCCAGGGAGAGGCAGAGGAUUCUGAAUGGAGGGGGACAGACGGACAUUCUAGAGCUCAGACAGCUCACUAAGGUGUAUAAGAGGAAGAACAAGCCAGCCGUGGAUCGUCUGUGUGUGGGGAUCCCCCCAGGAGAGUGUUUCGGCCUGCUUGGUGUGAACGGGGCUGGAAAGACAAGCACCUUCAAGAUGCUGACAGGAGACUCCACAGUCACAAGAGGAGAGGCCUAUUUGGCUGGAAAGAGCAUCCUGACAGAGAUUGAUGAGGUGCACCAGAAUAUGGGCUACUGCCCUCAGUUUGACGCCAUCAAUGACCUCCUGACGGGCAGGGAGCACCUGGAGUUCUACGCCAUCCUGCGCGGCGUGCCCGAGAUGGAAGUCUGUGAGGUUGCUGAAUGGGGGAUCCGUAAGCUGGGCCUGGUUAAGUACGUGGAUAAGGCGGCAGGGAGCUACAGCGGAGGGAACAUGCGCAAACUCUCCACCGCCAUGGCUCUGAUCGGCGGCCCCCCUGUGGUCUUCCUGGACGAGCCCACCACUGGCAUGGACCCCAAGGCUCGCCGGGCCCUGUGGAACUGCAUCCACAGUGUCAUCAAAGAGGGACGCUCUGUCGUCCUCACCUCACACAGCAUGGAAGAGUGUGAGGCCCUCUGCACCAGGAUGGCCAUCAUGGUCAACGGCAGGUUCCGCUGCCUGGGCAGUGUCCAACACUUAAAGAACAAAUUUGGAGACGGGUACACCAUCAUCCUGCGGGUGGCGGGCCCGGACCCCGACCUGGAGCCCGUGAUGAAGUUCAUCGAGAGCGAGCUCCCCGGCAGCACGCUGAAGGAGAAACACAGGAAUAUGCUGCAGUACCAGCUGCCCUCCUCCCUCACCUCCCUGGCCCGCAUCUUCAGCAUCCUGGCCAAGAACAAGGAGCAGCUCAGAAUAGAGGACUAUUCUGUGUCCCAGACGACUCUAGACCAAGUAUUUGUUAAUUUUGCCAAGGACCAAAGUGACGAAGACUCUAAGGACAUUUCAGUCAACAGCAAGGACGCCGUGGUGGACGUUUCACAAUUAAGCUCCUUCCUGAAGGAUGGGAAAAUGAAGGAAAGCUUCGUGUGAUCUGACGACUUCUUCAAAACUGGAAUAACAGAGAAAAGGUGUUUUCCUAUUUAGUAGCUGUUUUUAUUUUUUAACUUUCAGCGGAAAGCGUGUCGGAAGAGAAAGGGAAAUGGAAGCACGCUGCUGAAAAAAAACUCAAUGCAAGUCAAUGCAAACAUUCUACUUUGGAGUUAACGAGGAAGGGCCCUGUGCCCCUCACAAGCUUUUAAGAAUAGAGGGUGCAAAACUUGAAUAUACUUUAAUUGAUUCCUCUGCUAUGGCACGGUGAUGCAAUAGCGUGGUGCCUUUGUUAAAUUGGAGUUUGCAACAUUUUCCACAGUGUGUAAAAUUCCAAUCAUUUACGCGAAGGAUAAUAAAAGGAAAUUCAGUCUGCUCUCUUUUAUACAAAGUACAGACUGACGCUGAAGAAUCACAAUCAUUCUUGUGCUAAAAUGUGGCCAAGGGGCUUAAAAGAGAAAAUUUGAUCUUUCCAUUUAAUUUUUUUUAUACGUGCCUUCAAACACUUAUACAACCAAAAUUAUUUGUCAGUUGUGGCAUUAUUAUUGAACUGUGGUUUCAGUACAGUGCCUUUGGAGAUACAGCCUUUGUUAACACUCCAAAUCAGAAAGAAACUAGAAAUAUUAAAUGCCAAACAUAGAAUGUACAAUACAGACAUUUAUUCAUAGUAUAUUUUAUAACUUUUUUAUUGUUAACAAGAGUAAGCUUUAAUCAGCAUUUUGCAUCAAAUACCUCAGUAAAUUGUCCUGAAUUUCUAAUAACUGUUCUAAAACCAGUCUGGGUUUUUCUGUUGUAGAAAACCUUGUGUAAACUGUGGUAAAACAUACGUGAACACAAGGAAUAUAUGUUGUAACAGUGACAGUUAGUGCAGGCAGCUCUUCUCUGAUGUAAAUCACACUGAUACAUUCUUGAAGUGUUUCGGAGUGUUACAUGCAUUUUUUUAGUGCUAAGACCUGCCCACACGGAGGUGAAGCUGCCCUGCUGUCUGUGUUAGGUGUCUGACCUAACUUCACAGCAUUCUGUGGAUUUGGACCUUUUUUUUCCUACUUGAAGCAGUAAAACACUUGCAAGAGAACACAAACAAUUCAGCGUCCAUCUCAUGUGUUAAGUGUGCAAUUCCCGUAUCUUGUGCUUGAUAAUCAUGUGGUAGAAUGCAAGGCCGUGUGCCAUUGUUGUCCACCAAGUACUCUGACAAACUGUCACUUUUUGUAACCUAAGGCAUUUUGCCAUUGUGUUCUCGUUGAUUCCAUAUCCAUAACACUUUCAUUCUCUGGACCUGACACACAAUGCUAUAUUGCCACCUUGGUGACCAAUGCUGGCAAGCUCCAUUGAUAGUUUGAAAUUCUCUUUCAUUGCCUAUGCAGGCAGAGUGUCUGAGCAAAUCAAAAUAAAGUUAGCAUCUCAUUGGUCGUGACAGGGGAAUGGCAUUUUGGUCAGUCCUUCAGUACAAGCACUUUAUAUACUGUCUUUAUUAGGAUGUAUUUGCACUGGAGAACAAGCAGACAGGAUAUACACAACCAUUUGUUAUUGAUUGAAAUAAAAAAGAUAAUUUGGGCCCUUCCAUGGUCAAAAUUCCUUGUUUAAUAUGUUUACUUUUUAAUAUAUCACGAAUGGCUGUGGAAAUGUCUGUUACUCAUCCUGUACAGUACUUAUUAUUUACAAAAUAAAAUGUGACAAAUCUU